AGUUGAGUGGGGGUGGGAAACAAGGGGCGGUAACUCUGUCAGCUUCUUUACACUACAUCCUAUUCCCCCCUACGGCACCCUUGCAUCAGUCCUUAAAACGGUGCCGUGAGAAGCAGAGUUUGGUCACAGAAUAACUGUGCCGUUUAGGUGAAACAGGUUUUUGUUACUUUUGUCGCAAAAUGGGGCGUUGGAGGAUACCAGUGGAACUUCUGUCCCUGUUGUUGCUUUGGACAUGCGUCUCGGCUUUCAACCUGGACACGGAAAAUGUCAUUAGUAAAUCCGGAGAGCCAGACAGCCUGUUCGGAUUUUCUCUGGCCAUGCAUCGGCAGCUAAAUCCCGACAAAAGACAUCUGCUGGUUGGAGCUCCUCGGGCUAUAGGUUUGGGAACGCAGGCAUCUUCAAACACUGGGGGCAUCUAUACUUGUGACAUCAACGACCCCGCUUCGGCUUGUACCAGGGUGCAGUUUGAUGACAAAGUGGACAAAAAAUCUGAAAGCAAAGAGAACCAGUGGUUGGGGGUAGUUGUACAGAGCCAAGGUCCCGGAGGGAAGGUUCUGACUUGCGCUCAUCGUUAUCAGCAGCGGCUGUUCGUGGGCUCCAGGCAGGAGGCUCGUGACAUCACGGGCCGCUGCUACGUGCUCUCCCAGGACCUGACCAUCGAUCCGGAUCGGGACGGGGAGGGCGGCGAGUGGAAGUUCUGCAGCGGGCGUCAACGAGGCCACGAGCGCUUCGGGUCCUGUCAGCAGGGUCUAUCGGCCACCUUCACCAAGGACUACCACUACCUGAUCUUUGGAGCACCCGGAGCUUACAACUGGAAAGGCAUAGUAAGAGUGGAACAGAAGAAUGACACACUGGCAGAUAUGGGCAUUUACAGUGAUGGCCCCUAUGAGGUGGGCGAUGAGAAUCGCCAGGAUGAAAACUUGGUGCCAGUUCCUGCCAACAGUUACCUUGGCUUCUCCCUCGACUCUGGGAAGGCCCUCACCAAGAAAGGCCAGCUGACUGUGGUCGCUGGAGCGCCGCGAGCCAAUCACAGUGGAGCAGUGGUAUUUCUGAAGAUCGAGCAGGACACCUCCAUGAUGUCCCCAGAAUACAUCCUGGAGGGGGAGGGACUCGCCUCGUCCUUCGGCUACGACCUGGCAGUCCUUGAUCUCAAUGCCGAUGGGUGGCAGGAUGUUGUUGUCGGGGCACCCCAGUUUUUCAUGAAAGAUGGCGAUGUUGGUGGAGCCAUCUACGUCUACAUCAACAAGAAAGGAGUGUGGAAGAAUGUCAAGCCUAUCCGAAUUGAUGGGACAAAAGACUCCAUGUUUGGCCUGUCGGUGGAAAACAUUGGGGAUGUGAACCUUGACACCUAUGAAGAUGUGGCAGUUGGGGCACCUUAUGAUGAUGAUGGCGCAGGGAAGGUGUUCAUCUAUCAUGGAGCUGCCGAAGGCAUCAAGGUUAAACCAGCACAGGUUCUGAGUGGAAAGAGCGGUCGUGCCAAGCUGUUUGGAUACUCCCUAGCAGGAAACAUGGACCUGGACCUCAACUUCUAUCCUGAUGUGGCCGUUGGCUCCCUGUCUGACUCAGUGUACAUCUACAGGGCACGGCCAGUCAUCAAUCUGGAGAAGACUGUGAAGACAUCACCAAAGGAACUUGACUUGACAAAGAAGAACUGUGAAGGCAGCAUAUGUCUAGAGGUGGAAGCCUGCUUCACGUACACAGCGAAUCCAAAAACCCUCAAUCCUAAAAUAAUGGUGAAGUACAUGUUCCAGACGGAGAUGGAACGCAGGAAGCAGAGUCUUCCUAGCCGAGUGACAUUCUCCACACGCUCACCAACGGACCAUGAGAGCGAGAGCACAGGAACCUUUGAACUGCUUGGUCAGAACAAGCAGCAUUGCAUCAAGAACCAACUCAAACUAAAGGACAACAUUAAGGACAAGCUGAGAGGGAUUCCCAUCGAGGUGUCUGUGGAGAUCCAAGAAGGCAAGCGCAACCGCAGGGCCCUUAAGGGUCUCGCCCCUAUCCUGGAUUCCAACCAACCAACCAGCGUUCUCACCGAGGUGAGUUUCGUGAAGGAGGGCUGUGGUACUGACAACCUCUGCCAGAGUAACCUGGAUAUCAAGUAUCAGUUCUGCUCACGAGAACCAAACAAAGACAUCUUCAAACCCCUACCAAGCCAUGAAAAUGUUCAGCAGAUCUCGCUCAGCAACCAGAAGGAAAUCGCGUUGGAGGUCACAGUGACUAACAAGGGUGGAGAUGACGCCUAUGAGGCAGCGCUGAUCGCUUCAUUCCCCAGUACCCUCUCGUACUCUGCCUGGCGUGUCCUAAAUGCAGAUAAGCAGGUGAACUGUGCAGCCAAUCAGAAUGGAUCACAGGUUGAGUGUGAGCUGGGUAAUCCUUUUAAGAAAGACUCAGAGGUGACCUUCUAUAUCAUUCUAAGCACCGGUGGCAUCUCUUUAAAUACCACAGAGGUAGAAAUCGACCUGAAGCUGAAGACGACAAGCAUGCAGCAGGGCCAAAGUCAGGUGAAGGCCAGGGCAGAUGUGGCCAUAGAGUUGCUGCUCUCAGUCAUUGGCGUGGCAAAGCCCUCCCAGGUCUACUUCAGCGGAGAUAUCAAAGGAGAGAGUGCCAUGAAGCAUGAGGAAGAGGUUGGCGGCAUGAUCGAAUACGAAUUUCGGAUAAUCAACCUGGGAAAACCUCUGCAGUCAUACGGGACCGCCGCUCUGACCAUCAAUUGGCCCAAGCACAACGACCAGGGCCAUUACAUCCUCUACUUGAUGAGCGUGACCUCCACCGGCCUGGAGAGGCACGCCUGCUCCAAUGUAGACGAGGUCAACCCACUCGGACUGAAAGAGGCUCCAACCAGGGGCAAACGUGAAAUCGCCAGUCCGAGAACCACAGAGGAAGGCACCAUCUCGCUCCUUACAGACAAGAGGAAAAACAAAACUCUGUCUUGUGACGGUGAAGCUAAAUGCAUUACCAUCAAGUGCCCCCUGCAGGGGAUGAAGAGUAAUGCAGUCAUUAAACUUAGAGCUCGACUAUGGAACAGCACGUUCCUGGAGUACUACGCCACACAAAAUUACCUGAAUGUCCUGGUGAAAGCGAAACUCAGUCUGGAUGGCAAGGCCUCAAACAUUCAACUGAAGGACGCUGAUGCAACAGCGAGUGUGACCGUGUUCCCUGAGAGGCGGGUGGCGCAGUAUGGCGGCCUGCCCUGGUGGAUCAUCCUGGUGGCCAUCCUGCUGGGCCUGCUGCUGCUGGGCCUGCUCAUCUUCCUGCUCUGGAAGUGUGGAUUUUUCAAGCGUUCCAAGUACAGUGACAGUGUUCCCAGCUACAACGCGGUGCGGAUAAAAAAGGAGGAGCGACAGAACGAGCCGGACACUCCGGAGAAGAAGCAGUGGAUGACGACCUGGAAUGAGAAUGAAAGCUACUCUUAACACUCACUUUUUUUCUGGGAGCUUCCAUCGACCGCUUGACUCAGAAAUGGCAUAAUAAUUUUGUUGCGCCCCCAGCCCCCAACAAUUUUUUACCCCAAAUAUGUCAUUCCCUUGUGCUUGGGAGAGACUGCAUUUGCACAUUUUGAACUUGUGAUUGUGAAUUUCAAAACAAAAGAGAAAAAAAAAACCCUUUUUCUUUUCUUUUCUUUUCUUUCUUAAGGGAUACUCAUAACAGUGCUGCCUUUUUCCUCAUCUAACACUUCUCAUUUAUAUGCUCUAUGGUAAGAACAAAAGGAUAUUUAAAAAAAAAAAAAGUGUUAUCAUUUCUUAUGUCUGUAAAAAAAUCUAUUCUCAGUGGUCCGUUGUGUUUCAAAUUUGUCUUGUUUUUUUUCCCAACAUUUUUAAAGGUUUGGAGGUGAACAUUUGAUACAUUUUUGUAUAUAUUUGAACCGAACAUGUCUUACGUCUGUAUGUAUUUAUUUUCAGCAGGUACCUCUGCUGUGUAGACCAAAGAAAGAACUCUCUGAAAGAUUGUCCUCAAAAGAAAGUUUUUUUAGCAUAAAAGACUGUUUUUUAUUGAAUGUAAAUAUAUUUUGGAUGUUGAAUGCCUUAUGUUUAAUACUCCAGUUUUUUGUAUACUAUGCAGUUACCUUAGCAGAAGACCAAUUCAGAAAUUCCCUACUACCACUAGUGUCGCGAUGGACUGUCAGUAUUUUGGAUGUAGUAUUAACUUUGGAGGGUCACAGACCUAGGAUCCUACCCUUUAACGAUCUCAAAAGCACCUGUGUGCUUUUCUACACUACCUAAUGGCACAGAGAGGACACCAUAGACGAAACCACAAAGAUUAAUUCCAGAUUUUGCCAUCAGAUAAGGACUUGAGCCAUGCUUUCCCAUGGAAACUAUCACCAAGGUGCUCUCCUGUUUGCUUCUCUUUUAUAUCUCCUAAUCAAUCUCCUUUAAAAUGUCCUUAUACCGCACCUUACUUGUACCUGGAUAAUUGACCUAGAAUUAGGUACUAAGCGUGAUGUAGUGUCCAGCUGACCAUUUCAGUCUUCACUGUGGAUAAAUUCCACCAUACCCCAACUUAGGUACAGAUAUUAUAUCAAAACAACUAACAUUUGUCAGGUCUCGUUACAUAGGCCACUGGGGAUUCGCGUGUACAGAUGUGCAUGGGGGUGAAGGCGUUUGAGUUGUUCAACCAAAGUAAAGGGAAAACUGACCUAAGUAAUAUUCCAUGGUGGAAAGUGGAGUGUGUAAAACUGAAGAGACACUAAGCAAACACACACACACAGACACACACAAACACACAAAAAAAACCACAUUACUUUGCCCACAUUACUCUGUCUUUUCUGAAGUUGGAGUUAAUUUCAUUGCUUUCAUUUUUUGUUUAUCUGUCGAAUAAAGAGGAAGGAGUUUUCUGGA